AUGCAAGCCAACAUAGGGAGGCACCUAUGCGGGUGCUACAUAUUCAACUCGGAGACCUGCAAACGUAGCUACUUACCGCAGGUCAAUAUGGACGCCCACACAACAAUCUUGUCAAUGGCCUCUCGCACAGUACUGACGCAAACUUUUUUCAAUGGCUCCGAAAACGCGUUGGAUGAGAUAAGGUAUGCUUUUCCGUUGUACGACGGCGUCAGCGUCGUCGAUUUCUACUGCCAAGUCGGAAAACGCACAAUUUAUGGUCUAGUCAAAGAAAAGAACGAUGCCAAAAAGACCUACGAAGAGGCCAAGGAACGAGGUGAAAGCGCUGCGUUGCUGGGACAGCUACCUAAUGCCGCCGAUGUCUUUACAACUACAAUUGGCAAUAUUCCCUCUAAUGCAACAGUGAAAAUCACUAUCAAAUAUGUGCAGGAGCUCAAGCAUGAUGCCCAAGUCGAUGGCCUGCGCUUUACCAUGCCAACAUCGAUUGCUCCGCGCUACUACAAAGGUUACUCCGGAGGUUAUGCUUCAGAACUACAAGAAUCACUAAAACGAAUACCUUCUAAAGAAAUUUCAAUCACCGUGGAUAUCAGCAUGCCUGAGGGUGUCCCGAUCAAAAAGAUUGUUUCUCCCUCCCACCCUAUCCAAGUCAUACUUGGUUCACUAUCCAGCAGUGCCAUUGAUGAGAAUCAGUCACUUUCUCAAGGUUCAGCCACUCUUGCUCUAGGUGCGACGGGACUUGAGAAUGAUUUUAUCCUUCAAGUGGUUGCAAAGGACAUCGGUGUUCCUCAAGCAAUUUUAGAGCAACACCCAACGUCGCCAAAUCAACGCGCUUUGAUGACUACCUUGGUACCAAAGUUCAAUCUCAAGUCGCAGAAACCAGAAAUCAUUCUCAUUGCAGAUCGUUCGGGUAGUAUGCGAGGGGAGAACAUGACCACUCUCGUGGCGGCACUGAAAAUAUUCUUGAAGUCGAUUCCUCUUGGCUGCACAUUCAACAUCUGCUCUUUCGGGUCAAGUCAUAAGUUCCUUUGGCAUAAAAGCCAGAUAUACGAUGAGAAGACGCUGCAGCAGGCGAUCAAACAUGUUCAGGAUUUUGACGCCAGCUUCGGUGGAACAGAAACUCUUGCCGCCGUCGAGGCAUGUGUCGAAGCCCGUAGCAAGGAUGGCCCGACUGAGCUUAUUUUGCUCACCGAUGGUGACAUAUGGUCUCAGGACGAGCUUUUCAGCUAUCUUUCCCGUGAAACUGAGAGUCGAGACAUUCGCGUCUUCCCCUUGGGUAUUGGUGGAGGGGUAUCGAGUGCCUUGAUUGAGGGUGUCGCAAGGGCGGGGUAUGGCUUUGCUCAGAUGGUCACAGACAACGAGAAGAUGGAUAGCAAGGUGGUUCGCAUGCUGAAGGGAGCACUUACUCCACAUAUCAAGGAUUAUCGUCUGGAGAUCAAAUAUGAAGAUGGUAGCGUCGAGAAUGUCGCCGAUGGCCUUCGCGUACACCUCGAUCCCAAGGACUCCAAGGACUCAAGUGACAAAACAGAAACCAAGCCUAUAUCAUUGUACGACCCUGAUUUUAAAGAAGAGCACCCUAAGGAAGGCGAGUCAAAGGACGUUUUUGCAGGUCUUCCGGAUGUCCAGCGUCCAAGUCUCCUGCAAACGCCUCACAAUAUUCCUUCUUUAGUUCCCUUCCAUCGUACUUGCGUAUACUUGCUCAUUGCGCCCGAAUCCUCGCACUUGAAGCUCAAGAGUGUGUUCCUAAGAGGCACCUCCCCACAAGGUCCUCUCGAGCUCGAAAUUCCAGUCGAGUCGCGCAAGGAUACCGACGACAUGAUCCACCAGCUCGCUGCACGAAAAGCAACCCAAGAGCUUGAGGAAGGCCGAGGCUGGAUCUCAGGUGCUACCAUCGAUGACACUGGUGUGCUGAUCAAGGAAAAGCAUCCAAGCAUGUAUGCUCUGCUCCAAAGACGCGAAGCCGUACGUCUUGGAGUUGAAUUCCAGGUUGGAGGGAAGUACUGCUCCUUCGUAGCAGUUGAAGCAAAUAAAUCCACUAUUGCUGAGAUGCGCCAGAAAGCUCUGCAAGCAACGAUUGACAGAGAUGUUGCUAGCAAAGACGAAGAAGAAGAAAGUGAAGAUUGGGACAUGAUCGAUGAGGAAGCUCCAUUAAGUCAAUCUCGGUCGCUCCACUCAACACCGCACUCAAGGCAAACAGCCGGAGCCAUGCUCAGUAACUCAAUUCGUAAAUCAGGCCCAAUAUCCUAUGGAAACGCGGCUGCCAUGGGCGGCAUAGGUCGUAGAAGCGGCGGUAGAGGCGGCGUGGCCGCCAUGGGCUACUUCAAGCCCCCUCCCGCAUCCGCAAGCCAGUCGAGAAGUCGAGGCGGCUUCUGCAACUUCAGUGCGGAAGAAGAAAAAGAGGAAGAGGACGAUGACUCGGACGAGGACAUGGGAUGUGGACUUUUUGAUAACGAUGAACCUAGUGCUGCACCACCCUCCAUCAUCGACCCCGGAAAAUUCCUUCAGCGUCUAAUCGCGCAGCAAUCCUUCUCCGGCGCUUGGCCAUCUAUCCCGGGUCUUCAGUGCAGGGAAAUGGGCAUCAACGUUACGGAAGCGUUGGAAGUGGCGCAGAGACUCGUUGACGACGGAGUAGCAAAAGACGUGAGCGUGGCGGAACAGUAUGUAGCUACGGCUGCGGUGAUUAGCUUUUUGGAGAAGAAGAUGGCGAAUGAGGAGGACACGUGGGAGUUGGUUGUUGAGAAGGCGAGGACGUGGCUGGAGGAUACGGUUGAUGCUGCGUAUCUUGACAGGGUGUUGGUGGCUGGUAAGAGUAUUGUGGGUGCUUGA